GAAGGACGGACAUUUUAUUCCAUUGAUUGUUGUGCUGUUGGUAGAGUAUCAGACCAGAAAAUUCUCUGCGUUUGUUUUGAUUUUUUUUUUGGUUUUCUUUUUACAUUUAUCGACAAUGACCCGGCACGCCGGCCACAAGCGCUCUUACUGACUCUCAAGGUCGGGUAACGGUGUGUUGAAACGGUUUCGGUGUUCAUGGAAAUGGUUCCUAGCGAUGAAAAUGAACUCGUACCGAAAGAGGGUAUGUUUUGGAGUUGCAGACAAAGUAUUUUUGAUGAAAUGAAGAAGAAAUUCUCACAGAUUGAAAAUGCUGCAGAUGAACCUCGCGUGCUGUGUAUCGUUCAGGACACCACGAAUGCUAAGACCGUUAAUGAGAGACUUACCUUAAACCUCCCUGCUUCAACCUCCCUCAGAAAGCUCUUUGAGGAUGUCGCCUCCAAGGCUGGCUAUGUAAAUAACACUUUUGAUUUGGUGUGGGGCAGUCCUACAGACCUGGCUCCCCUGGAUCAUAGCAGUGACAAACCUCUGUCAGAGUCUGGCUUUGAAGCAGGGAAGAAAAACUUUCUACAUCUGACCGAUAAAGAUGGCGAACAGCCUCAAAUAGCAUCAGAUGAAUCGGGUACAGCGGACAGCAGUGGCCUUGAUGACAGCUCUCGGGACAGAUUUGUUGGUCCUCUUCCUAGAGACGGCACAGUCGGCUGCAGCAGCGACUACAGCAGCCAGAGCUACUCGUACUCCUCUAUCCUCAGCAAAUCAGAAACUGGAUAUGUUGGUUUGGUGAACCAAGCCAUGACCUGCUACCUAAACAGCUUGCUGCAGACCCUCUAUAUGACUCCUGAGUUCAGAAAUGCUCUGUACAACUGGGAGUUUGAGGAGUCUGAAGAAGACCAAGUUACCAGCAUCCCAUACCAACUCCAGCGGCUCUUUGUUUUGUUGCAGACCAGUAAGAAAAGAGCCAUUGAAACAACAGAUGUGACCCGCAGCUUUGGGUGGGACAGCAGUGAAGCUUGGCAACAGCAUGAUGUCCAGGAGUUAUGCAGAGUCAUGUUUGAUGCACUGGAGCAAAAGUGGAGGCUGACUGAGCAGGCUGACCUUAUCAAUCAGCUGUAUCAGGGCAAGUUGAAGGAUUAUGUACGGUGUCUGGAGUGUGGAUACGAGAGCUGGAGAAUCGACACUUAUCUCGAUAUCCCGCUGGUCAUCCGACCCUAUGGUUCCAACCAGGCAUUUGGCAGUGUGGAAGAAGCACUUCAAGCAUUCAUCCAGCCAGAGACUCUGGAUGGCCCCAAUCAAUACUUCUGUGAGCGCUGUAAAAAGAAAUGUGAUGCACGAAAGGGCCUGAGGUUCCUGCACGUUCCCUACCUGUUGACGCUCCAGUUAAAGCGGUUUGAUUUUGACUACACCACCAUGCAUCGGAUUAAGCUGAACGAUCGUAUGACUUUCCCUGAAGAGCUGGAUAUGAGUCCUUUUAUUGAUGUAGAAGAUGAGAAAUCGCCUCAAACCGAGAGUUGCACAGACAGUGGAGCUGAAAACGAAGGGAGCUGUCACAGCGAUCAGAUGAGCAAUGAUUUCUCCACUGAUGAUGGCGUUGAUGAGGGAAUUUGUCUGGAGAGCAGCAGCAGUGCAGGUUUAAAAUCUAAGAGUUCUUUAACUUACGAGCUCUUCUCAGUUAUGGUCCACUCUGGAAGUGCUGCUGGGGGACACUACUAUGCUUGCAUCAAAUCGUUCAGCGAUGGCCAGUGGUACAGUUUUAAUGAUCAGCAUGUUAGUAAGAUUACCCAAGAUGACAUUCGGAAAACUUACGGUGGAUCCUCAGGAAGCAGAGGCUAUUACUCCAGCGCCUUUGCCAGCUCCACAAAUGCAUACAUGCUGAUUUAUAGGCUUAAGGAUCCUGCAAGGAAUGCAAAGUAUUUGGAUGUUCAAGAAUUUCCAGAGCAUAUAAAGUACCUAGUUCAAAAAGAGGAGGAGAUGGAAGAGCAGGAAAAGAGGCAACGUGAAAUUGAACGCAACACCUGCAAGAUUAAGCUGUUCUGCAUGCACCCUGUGAAGAUGAUCAUGAUGGAAAACAAACUUGAGGUCCAUAGAGAUAAAACACUGAGGGAAGCUGUGGAAAUGGCAUAUAAGUUGCUGGAUCUGGAUGGGUUUGUUGCACUGGACUGCUGUCGACUUGUUAAAUAUGAUGAGUUUCAUGAGUACCUCGAAAGGUCCUAUGAAGGAGAGGAGGAGACCCCAAUGGGAUUGUUGCUAGGUGGAGUGAAGUCAUCCUAUAUGUUUGACCUGCUGUUAGAAACAAAAAGACCAGAACAGGUCUUCCAACUGUACAAACCAGGAGAAGUAAUGGUGAAAGUGCAUGUUGUUGACCUCAAAACGGAGACCAUUGCCCUUCCUGUCACUGUUCGAGCUUACUUGAACCAGACGGUCACAGAGUUCACGCAGCUCCUUUCACAGGCAACAGGACUUUCUGCUGACACGAUGCGCAUAGUGCUGGAGCGUUGCUAUAAUGAUCUAAGACUGCUCUAUGUGCCCAAUAAGACACUGAAGGCAGAGGGAUUUUUUAGAAGCAACAAGGUGUUCAUUGAAAGCUCCGAUUCAGCAGAUCACCAGGUCACUUUUACGGAUUCUCAUUUAUGGAAGCUCCUUGAUCGCCAUGGAAACACUAUUAGGUUGUAUGUUUCUUUACCUGUACAAUCCCAGCUUAACAGGACCAUUUCCCAAAAAGCUGGUGGCGAUUCAGGCAGUUUGGAGGACACCUUUGAAAGGGCGAAGGGUAACAGAAAGACUGUGGAAGCAAUUUUGGAAGAAAGCACCGAAAAACUCAAGAACUUGUCACUCCAGCAGCAGCAGCAGCAGGGAGGAAACAGCGAAAGCGUCAAGAGCACAGAGGCAUGUGACUUUGAGAAUAUCGAGUCCCCCUCCCAGGAGACUGACAGCACCUCAUUAGACAACAGAGAGCUGGAGAACCGGAUUCAGACCUCCGAUCCUGAAAGCAACUUGCAGUCAGAGGAGCGCUCGGACUCUGACUUAAACAAUGACCGCAGCACUAGCUCAGUGGAUAGCGAUAUCCUCAGCUCAGGUCACAGUAGUGACACAUUGUGCAAUGCUGACAAUGCCCCCAUCCCUUUAGCCAACGGGCUGGAUUCUCACAGCAUCACGUGCAGUCGGAGGUCAAAAGCAAACGAGGGCAAAAAGGAAACGUGGGAUACUGCAGAGGAGGAUUCUGGGACAGACAGUGAAUAUGACGAGAAUGGGAAGAGUAAAGGAGAGACCCAGUACGUUUAUUUCAGGGCAGAGCCAUACACUUCAGAUGAUGGUUCAGGAGAAGGACAAAAAUGUUUGUUGGUCCAUCUUGAUAAACGGAUUACGUUGGCUGCCUUUAAACAAAAUGUGGAGUCCUUUGUUGGAGUUCCAUCUUCCCAGUUUAAGGUCUUUCGGGUCUACGCCAACAACCAAGAGUUUGAAAGUGUUAGGCUAAAUGAGACGCUGUCCUCCUUUUCAGAUGAUAACAAGAUAACAAUACGAUUAGGAAGAGCACUAAAAAAAGGGGAGUAUCGGGUCAAAGUUUACCAGCUUCUAGUAAAUGAUCCAGAGCCCUGCAGGUUUUUGAUAGAUUCGGUGUUUGCAAAAGGAAUGACUGUGCGGCAGUCUAAAGAAGAGCUUUUGCUUCCUCUCAAGGAGCAGUGUAAGCUGAACCUCAGUAUUGACAGAUUUCGACUGCGAAAGAAGACUUGGAAAAAUCCUGGAACAGUAUUUCUGGACUAUCAUGUCUAUGAAGAAGAUAUCAACAUCUCCAGCAAUUGGGAGGUCUUCCUUGAAGUGCUUGAUGAACCUGAGAAAAUGAAGUCCAUGUCCCAGCUGGCUGUGCUAACAAGGCGAUGGAGCCCGUCGCAAAUGAAGCUGGAACCCUUCCAGGAAGUGGUCCUGGAAAGCAGCAGCGUCGAUGAACUGAAGCAGAAGCUGAGUGAGAUUAGUGGGAUUCCUGUUGAAAAUACAGAAUUUGCAAAGGGUAGAGGAACAUUCCCCUGUGAUAUCUCAAUCUUGGAAAUUCAUCAGGAUUUAGAUUGGAAUCCAAAAGUAUCGACACUCAAUGUUUGGCCUCUCUAUAUCUGUGAUGAUGGAGCUGUCGUCUUUUACAGAGACAAGACAGAGGAGCUGAUGGAUCUGUCAGAUGAAGGCAGGAAUGAACUUAUGAAAAAAGAAAGCAGUCGUCUCCUUAAGACAGGACACAGAGUGAACUACUCUCCCCGUAAAGAGAAAGCACUAAAGAUCUAUUUGGAUGGUGCACCAAGUAAAGACUCAAGCCAGGACUGAUGCCCGCCUCCCACUUUUAUUACCUAGAAUCUUUCUCUGAAUCUGGUGCACCACUGCUGUGCUGCAGUACCACCAUGGCAGGAAUCUAGUUUGGUGUAAACCAGAGCUAACUGGCUGACAGCCCACCAGUCAGAGCCCUAGCAGGUAUACUGUGACUCCGAGUAAUGUUGUGCACUAUGGUGUAUUGUACUGUAAAGGGAAGUGCAAAAGGUAUUUAAUAUACAAUAAAAUAAACAAUUUCAUGAAUUGAACUUAGACGGGUGAACAUACAACCGCUAGAUAUAAACUGGCAUUUCUCAGCUUGAUGGAAGCUGGGCACAGGCCUACAAAGUAGUCAUUCUUUCAUAUGUGCACAUUACCUCAUUAGAUUAUUACACACAUCUCUCAUACAAGGGCUGAAAUCGACCCCAACAAAUUCAAGGGUAAAAAGAAUCGCUGAUAAAGCUCAUCUUCCAUUUGUUUAAUUUGACACUCAAAUCCUAGGUUCCAUCAUUUGUUUUUUGCUUUGAGGUUCAUUUCCAUUCUUCCUUAUUUUGAUCAAACAUUGAUUUUUUUUUUUUUUUUUCUCGAGCCCAGUGAUUUAACAACCAUAGCCCAUGUUGGGAUUGAACUCAAUUAGUCCUUCUGAAAUUUGAAAUGAAUACUGUAUUUCUGUUCAUGUAAGAUUGUAUUUAGUUUUGGUUGGCUAAUGGUGGUACAUAUUGGUUCUCAUACUCUCAAGAUUUAUUAUGUUUUAUCAGCUCUUACUGCUGCUUGGCUUAAUGUAAAUUAUUUGUCUGAAUUUUGGGAUAAGUCACUGACAUGGUACAGGUCCCAUUUUUGGUCUGUGUAACUUUUGUUUUAUGUAGAUAAUGUUUUAUUUUUUUCAGCACAAGUUUAAUAAAUCCCUUAAGGGUAUGUCUUUGCAGGUAGGUAUGGUUUUGAUGAAGAACCGGUUUGCUUUACAAAGAGUGUGUUGAAAACAAGUUUGGCUUUGCUGCACAAAUGUACACCGAUUUUUUUAAAAGCAGUUCUGCAUAGACUUAAACCAAUCAAAAUAAUGGCUUUGAAAACAUUCAUGCAGUAAUCUGUUUACUGUAGACAUGCUCAUAAUAAUAAUGAUGAACAAUAUUUAUUAUUAUUAUUAUUAUUAUUAUUAUUAUUAUUAUUAUAUUUUGUGAUUUAAACCUUGUGUGAACUAGUUAAGAUGAUUUUUAGAAAGGAAUUAAAAGGCUUUUUCAUAAA